AUGGUGUCAAUGUAUCGGAGCAUGCCACAUGGCAUGUGUCGAUACUGCAAGAAGUAUGGCCAUAUGAAGAGAGAGUGCCAGAAAUUGAUAAGAAAGAACAUGAAUGCUUGUAGCAGUCCAAACGAUGAUGGAUGGGUUUUGGACUCUGAGAGUUCAGUUCAUGUUUUUUUUAAGAAAGAAUUUUUCCAUUAUUUCAAAGAAGUUCGCGGUACGGUAUCACUCAUUGAUGGGUCUUCAUGUGAUGUUAAAGGGAUUGGAUCUGCGAAGAUGAACACGCUUGUUGGAGUGGUCUGUAUUUUUGAUGACAUAAACUUCGUUCCAAGGAUGCAAAGAAAUUUGAUCUUCCUUAGUCGGUUGGAUUCUAUGGAUUGUCAAAUCUCUAUCGCAGGUGGAGCUAUAGAGGUGACCCGACGUGACUCAAUGAUAUUUACUGGGAAGGAGUCUCGUGGACUGUAUCAGUUUAUGGAAACCACAAUGGUUGGUGGUUUGACCUCGGAUGAUGAUAGUUGCACGUUGUAA